AUCUUGAUGGUGCUUCUUUCAGAGGUUAUAAAAAGGGACGACGGCGACGUCUCUUGACUUCUUACCACCACCAUCUCCCCCUCCCUUCCUUAUGCCCUCCACCGACAGCGUCCAGCCUUUCCUCGCCGUUCAUGACCAUAGUCCACCACCACAGAACGGUGCUCGCCCUCGACAACCAUCUGGACCACCUACGAUGUCGAUCUGGGCGCCCCAGCCUCAGCCGUCAGAGUCGACGUGGCCGAAGACGCUAGACUCGUUCUCGAGGGUUGCUGAGAAGGAAGUUCAGCAGCAGCCCUUGCGCUCGAUACAGGUUUCUUCCCAGCAGGUGCCGAUGAUCACCCGGGAGGACGUUUUUGGACCUGCACCCGGUGGAUGGACGACGACGACGACGAAGGAGGUCGGCGCUAUCGGUGAUGGGCGAAAAAAGAACAGUCCGACGGGCGACUUUGACGAUUCUCACGUCGAGCAGCUGCUUCGUACUCUGAAUCUCAAUUCACCCGACCCGUUCGUUCAGCAAAAGCCUGCCCUCAAUCUCAACUUCGAGACGUCGGCGCCAGGAUCCCCAGAUUUUUCCCCUGCGUCGGUUUCCUCUGCUCUUCUCACUCCCACCGACCUCUCUCCGACUAGAUCUUUCGACGUCAAGCAGCUUCAAUCUCCGUACGAGCUCGCUACAGGCCCCCGUUCUGGCUCGUAUAUUUCUCAGUCCUCUUUGCUAUUCGAACCCAGCUCGCCGACCAGAAUCCAUCACAUCUCUGAUAAUGGCGCUUUAUCUCAUUCACCGACGUUCAGUUCUUCGCAGAUGCCACUUUCUGGUAUUCCUUACCUACACGCUCCUAGUCAACUCCACUCUUUGCCUUACUACUUAAAAUCCUACGACCCUCAUACUGCAGCUGCCGUUGGCAAUAUUGUCCCUCAGCAACCAUACUCCGUCUACCAAACUUCGCCUUCGGACCAAAUUCCCUCACAGCUCUUCAAUUCCCCGCAGCCUCCGAUAUCCCAUCGCCAGGAAACGACGACCAAUGUUAGUAUGAAUCGCGGCCACCUUAGUUCCAACGAUUGGCACAUACCGCAGGCGACUGUUCAGCCUACACAGGAGCAUUUCUCUGCACCCGCUGAAUGGAUGCGCUCGGAUGAAAAGUCGAUGGUCAAUGCUCUCGGCAUCAAUUCUGGAGGCGUUGGUAUUGAGGAACAUUCCUCUGGACUUCGUUCUUCGUUUUCUUACCAGCAGUCAUCGCCGUCGUCGCCUCAAGGACAAUCAUCUCACGAGCCGAUCAACUUCCUGUCACUCCUUCACCCGUCGUCUACUCCACCAUACCACUCUUUUGUUUCUCGGAUCAUCAAGGGAUCAGAUCAGCAAGCGUCGAUUUUCUUACAGCAGAAACUCAAAGUUGCUGAUUUGAAUGAGCGCGCCAAGAUCGUGGACGCAAUUUGUGCUCGAGGCUUUGAGAUGAUGGCUCACAGGUUUGGUAAUUGGGCAGUCCAACGUUGCCUUGAAGCCGCCUCGACGGCUGAGGAAAGAAGAAAAAUUGUCGGAUGUAUGAGGGGUCGAAUCGUCGAGCUUGCAACCAACUGCUAUGGUUGCCAUGUCCUUCAAAAAGCGCUCGACUGCGAAGAAGACAUUCGCCUCGCAAUCGUUUCCGAAUUACUUCUUGGGGAUCCCGCUCAAACGCUAGUGAAUAAACAUGCAAGUCACGUCUGGAGUAAGAUCAUGGAGCUCUCGUGGACUCCUCCGGCGCCACCGAUCUUUGCUUUCGUCAACAAGUCACUCAAAGGGAAAUGGGCUGCGCUCGCAUGCCACGAAACUGGAUCCCUCGUUGUUCAGCACGCUUUUGAAAACCUCGAAGACUCUGCCAAGGACGGCAUCGUCGACGAGCUGCUGAACCAGGGCCCUUCUGUUUUCAGCGAGGUUGCAAAAAGCCAGUGGGGUUCUUAUUGCAUUCAACAUAUCUUAGAGCACGGGUCUGACAAGCAUCGUCAACUAACACUCGACCACCUGGUAUCAGGUCUUCUUGAAUACGCAACUAAUGAACAAGGGCAUAAAUCGGUGACUAAGGCUUUGAAGGAAGGUGGUAAAGACACGCUCGACAAGGUGGUCAAGAGGAUGUGCGAACCUGCGAAAGGCGCCCGUCGCGCAAUGAUCGUCGACCUGGCACUGUCGGUGACUGGAAGUCAGUUGAUCGCCAGUGUCUUGCCCACGGCCGACAAGGACCAGCGAGCGCUUCUUUACGAGUGCAUUAGAGGCCAUAUUGUCACCUUGCGUGGGUGCAAAACCGGCUCAAAAGUUAUCUGGUUAUUUGAUCGAAUGCGCGCAUACUACGGCUACUGAACCUUAUUCGCUUAAGCUCCAUCUCCAUCGGCUCAUUUUCUUCGGCAAUAUCAUUCCAUCGCUAUCAUCAUCGCUCUUAUCUUAUAGCAAACUCGACCGGUAACGGCACAUAUCUCAAAAGAUACUCUUGAACUCGCAUCGACAUCAUCUG